AUGUCACUAAAACCAAAGCCACAGUUUCAUUUGUUUAUUUCACCUUGUGCCUUUCAGCAGGUCUCUGCCAUGGGCGACAGGGCACCGAGUAAUCACUCAGAAGGGACUGACUUCAUUCUUGUAGGCUUCCAGGUUCGCCCAGAGCUCCAUCUUCUCCUCUUCCUGACAUUUCUUCUAGUAUAUACCAUGAUCCUUUUAGGGAAUGUUGGGAUGAUGGCCAUUAUCAUGAACGACCCUCGUCUGAACACACCGAUGUAUUUCUUCCUAGGCAACCUCUCCUUCAUUGAUCUCUUUUAUUCAUCGGUGAUUGCGCCAAAGGCCAUGCUCACCUUCUGGUCGGAGAGCAAGUCCAUCUCCUUCACAGGCUGUGUGACUCAGUUUCUCCUCUUUGCCCUCUUCAUUGUGACGGAGGGAUUUCUCCUGGCAGCCAUGGCUUAUGACCGCUUUAUCGCCAUCUGCAAUCCACUCCUCUACUCCGUUCAGAUGUCAACACAUCUCUGCAUUCAGCUGGUGGCUGGUUCCUAUUUCUGCGGCUGCGUCACUUCCGUUCUUCAGACUAGCAUGACCUUCACCUUGUCCUUCUGUGCUUCUAGAGCCAUCGACCACUUCUAUUGUGAUAGUCGCCCACUACAGAGGAUUGUGUGUUCUGAUCUCUUUAUCUAUAAAAUGGUAUCCUUUUUUGUAUCCAGCAUCAUUAUUUUGCCUACCAUGACCGUCAUAAUUGUUUCUUAUAUGUAUAUUGUGUCUACAGUUCUCAAGAUACGCUCCACUGAAGGACGGAAGAAAGCCUUCUCCACUUGCAGCUCUCACCUGGGAGUCGUGAGUGUGCUGUAUGGUGCUGUCUUUUUUAUGUAUCUCACUCCUAACAGAUUUCCUGAAUUGAGUAAAGUGGCCUCCUUGUGUUACACCCUGGUCACACCGAUGUUGAAUCCUUUGAUUUACUCUCUGAGAAACAAAGACGUCAAAGAAGCUCUGAAAAGGCUCUUGAAGAAAAAAAUGGUUUCAUUUAAUUCUUUGUUACCAGUGACAUAG